CGCGCCGCGACUGGCAUCACCGGGGCUCGGCGCGGCCACUUCCGCCCUCCCUGAGUCGUCGGAGCCUCGGCAUCUCGCGAUAGGCGCGAGGCGCGGAGUCGGCAGCGGCGGCGAAGCCGGCAGCGAGCACAGGGCCGCAGGUCCAUCAGCACUGCAGGAAUGGCAGAUUUUGGGAUCUCACCUGGCCAGUUUGUCGCAGUGGUCUGGGAUAAGUCAUCCCCAGUGGAGGCUCUGAAAGAUCUGGUGGAUAAGCUUCAAGUGUUAACUGGUGAUAAGGGCCAAGUGUCUGUGGAAAACAUCAACCAGCUGUUGCAAUCUGCCCACAAAGAAUCCAGCUUUGAUGUUAUUUUGUCGGGUGUAAUUCCUGGAAGCACCACUCUCCACAGGGCUGAGGUUUUGGCUGAGAUGGCCCGGGUCCUUCGGCCUGGUGGAUGUCUUUUUCUGAAAGAGCCAGUAGAAACAGCUGUAGUUAACAAUAGCAAAGUGAAGACGGCCUCUAAGCUGUGUUCGGCCCUGACUCUUUCUGGCCUUGUGGAAGUGAAAGAGUUGCAGCGGGAAUCCUUGAGUCCGGAGGAGAUACAGUCUGUUCAAGAACAUCUAGGUUACCAGAGUGACAGCUUGCUCUCUGUGCAGAUCACAGGCAAAAAACCCAACUUUGAAGUGGGUUCCUCUAGUCAACUUAAGCUUUCUAUUGCCAAGAAGUCUUCUCCUUCAGUGAAGCCUCCUGUGGACCCUGCAGCUGCCAAGCUCUGGACCCUCUCAGCUACUGAUAUGGAGGAUGACAACAUGGAUCUCAUUGACUCAGAUGAGCUUCUGGAUCCAGAAGAUUUGAAGAAGCCAGAUCCAGCUUCCCUGCGGGCUGUUUCAUGUGGAGAAGGGAAGAAGAGGAAGGCCUGUAAGAACUGCACCUGUGGCCUUGCAGAAGAACUGGAAAAAGAGAAGACAAGAGAACAGAUGAGCUCCUUACCCAAGUCGGCUUGUGGAAAUUGCUACCUGGGCGAUGCUUUCCGCUGUGCCAGCUGCCCCUACCUUGGGAUGCCGGCCUUCAAACCUGGGGAGCAGGUGCUCCUGAGCAACAGCAAUCUCAGUGAUGCCUAGAAGGGACCCAGCAUGGGACACAUCUCCUCCAGCCCACUCCCAUCCCUCAGGCCCCACCACUGUGCUUCCUCCCAUCUCCUCUGGGUUUGCUCACUCUGUUUAAACUCCAUUUGCAGGGAGGGCGCUUAGUAGACAGAGUGAAGCCAGCUGUGGGGUGCAGUGGUGUGUAAUGCUGCUAUGUAUCAAAAGAUUAAGGUGUAAUGGGGCUUGGUUACCUGAGUGGGGGGACCUGUUUCUUCACCUUGUAUUAGGGAAAGGGAGUGUGUCCUGAAGAGGCCCUGCUCUCAGUGUCAGAAUGCUGACUGUAACACCUUGAGCCCAGACAACCUUGAGUAUUAACACUGAUGGGAGUCCUGCCCCUACUGUAAGCUCAGCAGUAGUGCCACAGCUUGUCUUCUAGAGUUGGUGGUUACUCAAUGUGAAGUUCUUUGUUAUGCAAGUCAGGUAUCGCGUGGCCUCCGCAGGGCACCAAAGGAGUCACUCACUGGUUGCUGUAAUCAUAUCCAGUGUCCCUCUGCCCCCUUCCACUCCCACCCUAUCCAUCUUACUGUACUGCAUCUGUGUCCUGUUGUGAUUCCUGUUAAUCUGCAGUUAUUAAACGUGUACUUCAGCAUAUCAGUUGUAAGAGGGGAUAUGUAUGUGUACGUGAUGUCUGACACAGCUGUCCAGGCUCACUUUGGACCACAGGACUUUGUUUUUUGGAGAAACUUCAUGUCCCACACAAAUGGGACCAGUCCUACACUUGUGGAUCAGGGUCUCCAUCUACUUUAGAAGAGUCCACAUUAAGGAGAAUUAGAGAGAAACAAGACAGAAAUCUGAACCAACAACAAAUCCUCUGAGCUGGAGACCCUUCAUUUUCCUUGUUCCCCAGCCACACAGACUUGAAAUUGAUCUUGUGAAAUCAUUGGAGAGACUGUGUAGAUUGAAGAGACCUGAAUUUUUUUCCACUCAUAAAUAAAAGUGUUCGUUGGUGUUUGUCCUUGGAA